GAAACCAGAUUCCCUUGCGCGCCUUGUGUGUUUGUCUUGUUUACUAUUCUCUUCCCUUCGGACGUUUGAAGGUCAGUCAAGAUUCCUUAGAGGCAGCUGAUUUCUCCAAUCCCAUCCACCCCAACAAAACCCUAUCCACCCUACAGCUUACCCUUUUCUCUGUCAAGAACAUACGGAGUAUUUUUCUUUUUCUAUUCUGGGGUUAUCUCAGACUGGAACCCCUAAAGCAAGGAUUUUUCCCUCUUUUCUUUGCUGGGUGUUUUUCCUUUUUUGAAAUUCUUGGCGGGCUUUCAGUUCAUUAGCUGAUUCAAUGAGCUUUUGGACUGAAUCUUAAGAAUGGCUUAGUGAAUUUGAGAUUUGGAAUGAAGAGGGGGUUAGGGUUGGUGGAAGACAGUGGUGAGGGCUUGAGGGGAUUAGAUGUUGUCUUCUUAGUCUGGGGUUAGGGUUCUUAAAAGAUGGGGUUUGAGGGUUGGGAUGAUGUGGCAAAAUCUAAGGAAGGGAAGAAGAAGAAGAAGAAAAUGGGUGAGAGUGGAGAUGGCACUGGUUGCUGGAUUAAACUUAGGUUCAUUGGAAGCUGCAUUUCUUCAAGAUCUGAAGUUGAUAACUCCAUCUCUGGAAUCAGUGCUCGCUGCGAGAGUAAAUCUACUAAUGAUACAAGCAUAGGCCAGGCGGUGGCUCCUGUUAGUUCGUCAACCACCACAAGCAAUGCAGAGAGCAGUUCAUCGACCUCUAAACUCGAAGAAGAGCUUAAAGUCUCUUCUUUGCUCCGUAAGUUCACAUUCAAUGAUCUGAAGUUGGCCACAAGAAAUUUCAGACCAGAAUCUCUUCUGGGAGAAGGGGGUUUCGGUUGCGUUUUCAAGGGGUGGAUUGAGGAGAAUGGAACAGCACCGGUUAAACCAGGGACUGGUCUUACUGUUGCUGUCAAAACCCUGAAUCAUGAUGGCCUUCAGGGUCACAAAGAGUGGCUGGCGGAAGUGAGUUUUCUUAGCGACCUAAUUCAUCCUAAUUUAGUGAAACUGAUCGGUUACUGCAUUGAAGAUGAUCAGAGGCUUCUUGUAUAUGAAUUCAUGCCUCGUGGAAGCCUGGAAAACCACCUCUUUAGGAGGUCUCUGCCACUGCCAUGGUCAAUCAGGAUGAAGAUUGCUCUUGGUGCAGCUAAAGGUCUCACCUUUCUUCAUGAGGAAGCACAGCGCCCCGUCAUUUAUCGCGAUUUCAAAACAUCCAACAUCUUAUUAGAUUCUGAUUACAACACCAAGCUUUCUGAUUUUGGGCUUGCCAAAGAUGGCCCUGAGGGAGACAAGACCCACGUUUCAACUCGGGUCAUGGGGACGUAUGGUUACGCGGCGCCCGAAUAUGUCAUGACAGGACAUUUGACAUCAAAGAGUGAUGUCUACAGCUUUGGUGUGGUGCUUCUUGAAAUGAUCACGGGCCGAAGAUCGAUGGACAAAAACCGGCCCAACGGGGAGCAUAACCUAGUGGAAUGGGCGCGUCCUCUCAUCGGUGACCGGCGGAGGUUGUAUAGGUUGAUAGACCCUAAACUUGAAGGGCACUUCUCCGUGAAGGGUGCCCAGAAAACCGUGCAGUUGGCUGCACGGUGUCUCAGCCGGGACCCGAAAGCCCGACCCGUGAUGAGUGAAGUAGUUGAAGCACUGAAGCCAUUGCCAAACCUCAAAGACAUGGCCAGCUCCUCCUACUACUUCCAGUCCAUGCAACUCGAGCGGGCUUCGUCCAGCCCGAGUGCCAAGAACGGGCUCCGAACUCAGGCCCACCACCCGUUCCCGAAGAACGGCCCGCACCACCCGAGGAGCCUUUCAAUACCGAAUGCAUCUCCUUACCAUCAUCAUCAUCUUCAUCAUCAGUUUCUGCAAAAUUCGCCAAAACGAAAUGGGAAAGUGUAGGGUAAGCAUCGAUUGUUUUCAUUCAUGUUUAUGGAGAUGAUACCUUUUAUUGGAACUGGUGAAAUCUCCCUGGGAGUUGGAAAUGAAUGUGAUGUAAGCAGAGGUAAAAUCUAUGGGAUACAAAUAUUAAUCCAUCCAUUUGCAGUUAAUUUUUGAUUCCUUUAUGCCAUCUCCAUGAGUUUUUAAAUGUGUUAAAGUCAAACAUAAGGAUGAUCUUAAAUUCGACUAUAUAUUUUCCAAGAAAACUAUGGAUAUCAA